AUGUGUGAAUUGAGAGGUCGAGCAGUGGUCGAGACGAGUAUCAGUGCAUUCGAGUUCUCCGACAUCCCUAUCGAGGAGGGAAGUGCUGUCAACGCAGACAUGACUUUCGUGGACCUCAACAACAAGAACUACUUAUACGUAAUGACCACAAGACGUGUGACACUAGUGAAGGUACAGGAGUGUCAGGUGUACCGCACGUGCAGCGAAUGUCUGGGCGCUCGCGACCCGUACUGCGGCUGGUGUUCGCUCGAAAACAAGUGCUCCCUUCGGAGCGACUGUGCGGAGGCCGCUCAGGACCCUCUCUAUUGGCUGUCGUACAAGAGUGGCAAAUGUACGACCAUUACACACGUCCACCCGCCACAGAUUCAAAGGACUACUGCCCGAACCCUAUCGCUUGUGAUCGAUAACCUGCCGGUUCUCGACGCCACCUUCUUCUGCGCCUUCACAGCUGCAGCCAAGACUCAGAUAACUAAUGCCACCCGUUCUGCAAAUGGUGUGAGUUGUCCGACACCGCCAACAGACUCAUUACCGCCAAUAUCUCCCGGACAGCAUCAUUUCACUGCAAAACUAUCGGUGCGAAUGAAAACGGGUCCCGACUUUGUUGCCACAAACUUCACGUUUUACGACUGCAGCUCAUAUCAGAGCUGUACGGCCUGUGUGUCCAGUCCUUUCCCCUGCGACUGGUGUGUCGGCGGACACCGCUGUACGCACGACACCGGAGAGAACUGUCGCAAUGAUAUCCUCGUCACCGGUAUCUCAUCAGUUGGCCCGAGUAUCCGCUCGGGUCCCGGCUUUUGUCCCCGAAUUAAUGCCACCGCCGGCGGAACCACUGAAGUUCUGGUGCCGAGCGGUAUAACUAAACGCAUUCAAGUGAAGGUCGAUAACAUUCCGCAGUUCAUUGUGUCCACACGUUUUGUCUGUCAGUUCAAUAUCGAGGGCCGCGUCAAACAGGUUAACGCACAGCUCUUGGGCGACACCAUCUACUGCGAGGGCCUCGAGUUCUCAUACAUCGGCAAUCAGCCCAACAUUAGCUCACUAUUCGCCGUCAUUUGGGACGGAAGUAAACCACUCGACAAUCCCGAAAAUAUUCAUGUGUUGAUAUACCGGUGUCAGGGAAUGGCUCCAAACUGUGGAUUUUGUCUCGAAUUGCAAGAGAAAUACUCGUGCGGAUGGUGUCAGGAGACAGACUCGUGUCAGGUGCAGGAACAGUGCCGACACCACAACACAAUGUGGCUCAACCGCCAGCAAACGUGUCCCGACCCUAAGAUAUUGGACUUUUACCCGAAGUCUGGCCCGUGGGAGGGCGGAACCAAUGUGACCAUUGAGGGCAUCAAUUUGGGCCGUACUUUCGAGGACAUCGCCACCGGUGUUGGCAUUUCGCACGAAGUGAACGGCAAUACUAUGCAUGUCGUCAACUGUAGUCCCCAUCGCGAAGACUACGUAAAGACGGCCAAAAUCAAGUGCAUUGUUCAGAGCCCUCGCAAUAUGACGACCGGACACUCGGCCCAAAUGGGCUCCAUCUCAGGUCCAAUCAUAGUAAAGGUGCUCAACGACUAUACGGCCAAAUCCAAAGACUCGUACAGUUUCGUCAAUCCCAAGAUACUGACAAUAAACCCGAGCAAAGGUCCCACCAGUGGAGGCACUCGACUGUCAAUUGAAGGCCUCUAUAUGGACGCCGGCUCUAAGGCCGAGGCUUUCUUAGGCGGCCUGUCGUGUAAUGUCACGCGACGGACAGUGAAUUUUGCGGAAUGUAUUACAAGCGCUCGACAUAUGCCGGGAGAGGAGAAAGUGAGGGUCAAGUUUGAUAACGGACUCCGAUUUUUCGAUUACUACAACUACCUGUACGUCGAGGACCCGCGAAUCAAUUCAGUCGAAUCGGGUUCGGGUGGCAAUCGGGGCGAAGCGCGAGGCGUUCCCGCCGGUGGUAUCACAAUCUCAGUGAAAGGCGAACACUUGAAUAUCAUUCAAAAGCCACAGAUGUAUGUGGAAGUGGACGGCGAGAAGUUUGCCAGCAAUUGCACCAGCGUUUCGGCCGUCGAAAUGAAGUGCGAGAGCCCUCACGUGCCGAUCGACAAACUGGACUUCGAUCGCGACGACCGCGAGUUUGUUGAACUCGACUUUGGCUUUAUUAUGGAUGCGGUCACUUCGGUCAUGGGCUUAAGCACUCGCAAACACAACCCCUUCUCUAAAUUCCGAAUGUAUCGAAACCCAGUCUAUCAUCCCUUCAACGAAGAGCACGGAAUCAAAUACUAUCGAAGCGAAUACCUGACCAUUAAUGGCAAGUAUUUGGACGGCGCCUCUCAAGAGUCGGAUGUGACCGUUUGGAUCGGCACCAGUACUUGCAAUGUCACGUCACUGUCGCGACUGCAGCUCACGUGUCGCCCGCCAUCGAUUCCGCCCGAGUCGGGUCGCGGCUCGGACUCAAUACCAGACGUGAUUGUCGGCAUUGGAGGCAAACUUAACUUUACGAUCGGAAAACUGAGUUACGAACAAACGCCAGCGCCGGGCGAACACAUCCAACAACACAUUCUCAUUGUAGUCAUUGUUGGCAUUUGUAUCCUCUUCUUCAUCGUUGUGUUUAUUCUCAUUCUCUACCGCCGAAAGUCAACUGAAAGCAGUCGUGUGUUGAAGACAAUGCAGGAACAGAUGGAUGUAUUGGAGUUGAGAGUGGCCUCCGAGUGCAAGGAAGCGUUCGCUGAACUCCAGACAGAGAUGACUGACUUGACUAGCGAUCUGACUGUCGGCGGCAUUCCGUUCCUCGACUACCGAAUGUAUACAAUGAAAGUGCUGUUCCCUAACUCUGAAGAUCAUCCGGUGUUGCGCGACAUGAAUGUGGAUCCGUCCAAGAGAUUGUUCAUCGAGAAGGGUCUCAGACAUUUUGGACAACUGGUGAUGAAUAAGACGUUUCUAUUGCUAUUCAUUCGCACUCUGGAGUCGAACCGUUACUUCUCGAUGAGAGACAGAGUGAACGUCGCGUCUCUUAUAAUGGUUACACUUCAGGGAAAGAUGGAGUACUGCACAGACAUACUGAAGACCCUUUUGGCCGAUUUGAUCGAGAAGUGCAUCGAAGGCAAGAGUCACCCGAAGUUACUGUUGCGCCGAACGGAAUCAGUGGCCGAGAAGAUGCUGAGCUCGUGGUUCACGUUCUUGUUGUACAAAUUCCUGAAGGAAUGCGCCGGCGAUCCACUGUUCCUACUCUACCGAGCGAUCAAACAACAGGUAGACAAAGGGCCCGUCGAUUGUGUCACCUCUGAGGCCCGAUAUUCGCUCUCAGAAGAGAAACUGAUUCGACAACAGAUUGAAUACAAGACGAUGACUGUAUACGUGUCGAUGUCUCCGCAGACGGCGUAUAUGUCAGGCUUGGAUCAGCUGAUGCAGGCCGACAAUAUGGAGACUCCCGUCAAAGUGUUAGAUUGUGAUACCAUAACUCAGAUCAAAGAGAAGUCUUUGGACGCCAUUUAUCGGAGUAUAUCAUACUCUCAGCGCCCGAUGAAAGAGGACUUGGAUCUGGAGUGGCGGACGGGACAGUCCGGGCGACUCAUACUGUCAGACGAGGACCAGACCACCAAACAAGAGGGCGAAUGGAAGCGAAUGAAUACAUUGGCUCAUUACAAGUGUUCGGACGGCGCGUCCCUAACACUAGUGCCUAAACAGAGCUCAAUGUAUAACAUCUCAAUCCUGUCGGAGAAGAUGGAAAAGUCACACAAAUACGAGACAUUGAACUUCGGCUUCAAUAAGGCCUCCUCUCCGCCCAUGAGUCGGGCCACGAGUCCACUGAACCACGACAUGGAGAACGGCUACAAAUACUGGCAUUUAGUCAAACAUCAAGACAACGACCACAACGGGAAAGACGGCGAGAGAGGCAACAAAAUGGUGUCUGAGAUCUACUUGACUCGCCUGUUGGCCACUAAAGGCACGCUCCAGAAGUUCGUCGACGAUCUCUUUGAGACGAUCUUCAGUACAGCGCACAGGGGCUCAGCCCUACCGCUGGCCAUCAAAUAUAUGUUUGACUUCCUGGACGAUCAGGCGCUCAAUCACGGCAUCACUGACUCUGAAGUGGUGCACACCUGGAAGUCAAACAGUUUGCCGCUAAGGUUUUGGGUGAAUCUGAUCAAGAAUCCCAACUUUGUGUUCGACAUUAACAAAUCAAAUAUCGUCGACUCGUGCCUAUCAGUGGUCGCCCAGACCUUUAUGGACGCCUGUUCCACAUCCGACCACCGGUUGGGCAAAGACUCGCCGAGCAGUAAACUAUUGUACGCCAAAGACAUUCCUAUUUAUAAAGAUUGGGUCGAGAGAUACUAUCUGGACAUUCAACACAUGCCCGCCAUUAGUGAUCAGGACAUGAACGCUAUGCUCGCCGAAGAGUCCAGACAACACGCGCACGAAUACAACACAAAUGUGGCCCUCCAUGAGCUCUACAGCUAUGCCGUCAAAUAUAACGAUCAGUUAAUGCAAACGCUAGAAGAGGACGAGUUUUCGCGCAAAAACAAGUUGUCGUGGAAACUGGAACAGACCCACCAGAUCAUGACCGGCGAGACCGACCCCUAGGCCACAGGCCCUACCAAACACAUCCAUAUCCCCACCACAACCAUCACAACCCACUCACUCACACGUGUCAUACGCAUCGAUGCAUUUGAUUAAUGUAUUUAUCAAAUGAAUCCCAUCUCUAGUUUCUCUGUGUAUAAGAAAUUACAUAAUUAAUUGAUUUAAGAUUAUUAUUAUUAUUGCGAAAAUGAUUAUUAUUAUCAUUAUUAUUGUUGCUGUGAUUUGUUCAUCAAAAAUGAC